CGGGACGUGAGAACCCGGUCCUGCGCUCCGGAGAGUCAAGCUGCUUUCACUGAGACCAGCCGCCGAGGGAGCGAACAUGAAGUCCAGUCCUGGCAUCCAAGCCGCCAUCGACCUCACGGCGGGGGCCGCAGGGGGCACAGCGUGUGUACUGACCGGGCAGCCCUUCGACACCAUAAAAGUGAAGAUGCAGACGUUCCCGAACCUGUACAAGGGCUUCACCGACUGCCUUCUGAAAACGUAUACCCAAGUGGGCUUCCGGGGCUUCUACAAGGGGACCGGCCCUGCGCUGAUGGCCUAUGUCGCCGAGAACUCGGUACUCUUUAUGUGCUACGGCUUCUGCCAACAGUUUGUCAGGAGAGUGGUUGGCUUGGACAAGCAGGCAAAGCUGAGUGAUCUGCAGACUGCCACCGCCGGGUCCUUGGCGUCAGCGUUCGCCGCGCUGGCCCUCUGCCCCACUGAGCUUGUGAAGUGCCGGCUACAGGCCAUGUAUGAACUGGAGAGGUCAGGGAAGAUAGCCAGAAGCCAUAAUACAAUUUGGUCUGUCAUGAAGGGUAUUCUCAGACAGGAUGGCCCUUCAGGCUUCUACCACGGUUUCUCGAGUACUCUCCUUCAAGAAGUACCGGGCUAUUUCUUCUUCUUUGGUGGUUAUGAAUUGAGCCGAUCUUUUUUUGCAUCAGGGCGAUCAAAAGAUGAACUAGGCCCUGCCCAUUUGAUGUUAAGUGGUGGAGUUGCUGGAAUUUGCCUCUGGCUUGUCGUGUUUCCAGUGGAUUGUGUUAAAUCCAGAAUUCAGGUUCUUUCGAUGUAUGGAAAACAGACAGGAUUUAUUGGAACCCUUUUAAGUGUUGUGAGAAAUGAAGGAAUAGCAGCCUUAUAUUCUGGACUGAAAGCUACUAUGAUUCGAGCAAUCCCCGCUAAUGGGUCACUAUUUGUGGCCUAUGAAUACAGCAGAAAGAUGAUGAUGAGCCAGGUGGAGGCAUACUGAAGUGUCCUGGUGGCCCUGGAUCCGAGUACAUGAGUUUGAGAACUAGAGUUCGUCGCAGGGUUCAUGGAGUACAAGACCACAUGGAAUUAUUUUUGACUUCGUGGGAAUUUUGACUUUUCCUGCCCUAAAUCUUAAACUUUAUGGAAGGACCUCUAUUUUACAUCAUAUAAUUUCUGCCCGUAAUUGUUAUUGAAAUAGAAAAGUUGCUGCUCUUGCCUUUGGUGAGGUAUACAGAGUGAGCUGGUUGGCUCCAUGCACCUAAUCGAAAAGGCUUAAGCAAAGUUCUAGCAGGGCCUUUGUGUAAACCUUUAUGU